AGCUGAAUGAUUGAUGCAUCUUCUUUCCUUUUCCUCUUCAUUUUCUUUCUCUUUCUCUCCUGCCAAACGUAAAUGAAAGCAAUCUCACUGCGUGCAGAAUAUAUACACAUACAUAUACACGUCCCGAAUGUUCAGAGCCAUUCAGCACAAACUAAAUCACAUCAAUCUUAAGAAAUGGCCAUGAAUGGCGAAGAGAGAAUUGGCACUGCUGAUGAGCUUCUCCGUGCGCAUGCUCACGUCUGGAACCAUACCUACGCUUUCAUAAGCUCAGCCUGUCUGAAAUGUGCAGUUCAGCUGGGCAUACCAGACAUUAUUCACCGCCAUGGCCAACCCAUGAAGCUCUCCCAGCUGGUUGCUUCUCUUCCUGCUCUCAACCCCUCCAAAUCCCACUGCAUCCGUCGCCUCAUGCGCCUGCUAGCUCACGAUGGGUUCUUCGUUGAGCUGAAAGCCGCCACCGGACAGGAGGAAGAAGCCGAGUACACGCUCACGCCGGCCUCCCAUCUCCUCCUGACGACUACACCUGCGAGCGUGUCGCCUUUCGUGCUCUUGGCUCUCGAUCCUCUCAUCGUAAAGCCAUGGAAUUGGCUGACUCCAUGGCUGGGGAACGACGAUCCCACCCCGUUCCUGACGGCGAAUGGACGGACGCUUUGGGAUUACGCUGGCCAGAACCCCGCCUUUAACAGUCUUUUCAACGAGGGCAUGGAGAGUGAUGCGCGUAUGGUGGCGUCUGUGGUGAUCGAAGAGUGCAGAGGAGCCUUCGAGGGGCUGAGCUCGUUGGUCGAUGUGGGAGGCGGCACCGGGACGAUGGCUAAGGCCAUUGCGGAGGCAUUCCCAGAGAUGAAGUGCACUGUGCUUGAUCUUCCUCAAGUUGUUGACAAGCUGCCAGGGAGAAAGAACUUGUUCUUCACUCCUGGAAACAUGUUUGAGGUCAUCCCCCCUGCCAAUGCAAUUUUACUCAAGUGGAUAUUGCACGAUUGGGGCGAUGAAGAUUGUGUGAAAAUACUAAGGCAUUGUAGAGAGGCCAUUCCAAGUGGACAGGAAGGAGGAAAAGUUAUUAUCAUCGACAUGGUGGUGGGACACCAAAAGCUAGAAGAAGCAAAUGCAAAUGAUGACAAGUCCACCCAAACACAGCUCUUCUUUGAUAUGUUAAUGAUGGUGUUGUUCUCUGCAAAGGAAAGAACAGAAAAAGAGUGGGCAUACUUAUUCUCCGCAGCUGGAUUUAGUGACUACAAGAUAAACCAUACUUUAGGUUUACGAUCUCUCAUUGAGGUUUAUCCAUGAUAAAUGAUUUCUAGUGUCAUGAAACUAAAUUAUAUAUUCGUCUAAGACCUUUAUAUAUAGGGGACAUAAAGUAUCAAUCUCAAUAAAUUGUUUCAAACAUUUGAUGCAUUAGUAACUAGUGAUAUAUAGAUAUAAUAUCUAAUGUUUACUAGAUUUAGUAAACAUGUAUUUUUGUAUCUUGCAUGACAAGCUUGUUGUCCGGCUAAAUUCUAUCCCGCAAGUGGACGGAUCGUGACAAGUAAUAUAG